CAACAUUAUUUUGUUGCAUAUUGAAAACGACCUUCAUUCAGUUUUCAAAUUUCCAAAGAGAUUAAAAAUGGUGAUUUGAUUUUAAAUGGAAUGAUGAAAAUAAAAUGUUUUUCUGUAACUUAUGCUUUUAAGGUAUUUUAAAAUAGCUCCUUUCGUUGUUAAAUUGUUUGGAUAAUAGCAGCAAGUUACUUUGAAUGUAUUUGAAGUUAGGUUCUUUAAGUUAUCGUCAGUAGGCUAGUUACUAAUUUUCCAGUGGAAUAUACCUGAAUUUUUUUAUAUUACUCUGACUUGGCUGUUGCUGUGAAAACCUGUGAGAUGAUAUAGCUCAUAAACUCCUCCUGUAAGGUAAACCACUUUAAGUGCUAUUUUACUGUGAAUGACUCGACCUCCCUUCAUAUACUAAGCUGUUGUCAUGGGCUUGGCAGUUUUUACAUUCCAGGAAGUUCUUUUAUGCUGUAGAAAAUAGAUUGAGACUGAAUCUGUUUUUAAAAGAUAGUUGAAACCGUUCUGGUACAUUUUGCCACUGUCUGCAAUACAGCCUUAUUGAAGUAUUGUCACUUCCUGGAGUAUGACCAGUAACUGUUUCUUACCUUGGAAAGCUUUUGAUCUAGGUUCAACAAAAAUGGCAUUUUAAGCAAAAGGUUGUAUUUUUUCCUGUCCUGAAUUCAAGGAAGAGAACUUCUGGGGGGAAAAAAAAAUAGUGCACAUGUUCUAAGCCGAGGAGGGUAGCUCAACAUUUAUAGUUUGUCAUGUGCUUCAUGUACAUUACAUUGUUUAAUCCUGAUCCCUCAGAAGAAGAUGCCGUUUUUCCCAAUAAAGUCUAUAUGUAGAAAGUAAAGCAAUUUCUUUGUGACUUUGGAUUAGGAAAAGAUUUCUUAGAUACAAUGCCAAAAACACAAUUCAUUAAAGUCUAAUUAAUUAGACUUUGUCAAAAUUGAAAACUUUGACCAUUAGGAAAAGGAAAAGACAAGCCACAGACAGGAAGAAAAUAUUUGGAAAACAUAUAGCUAAUAAAAGACUUGUUUCUAGAAUAUAUAAAGAACUCUUUUAACUCAAUACUAAAAAACAGAUAAUAGCAAAAAUAUUCAAAUAGACACCUGCCUCAUUGGAGAAGAUAUUUGAAUGGUAAAUAAACACAUGAAAAGAUCAUGAUUCAUUAGGGAAAAGUAAAACCGUUACAUGUACACUAAAGUGGAUAACAUCAAAAAGAUUGGCAGUGCCAAUUGUUGGCAAGCACAUGGAUUCUCAUACAUUGCUGGUGAGGAUAUAAAAUCAUAAACUUUUAAAAAACAGUUUCGCAGUUUCUUACAUAUAGUUAUCGUAUGACCUUAUGUCAGUUCUACUCCUAGGUAUCUACCCCAAGAGAAAUAAAAACAUAUGCCCACAUAAAAACUUGUAUGUGAAUGUUUAUAGUAACAUUACUCUUAAUAGCCAAAAGUAGAAACGAUAUUUACAUCACCUGGUGAAUGAAUAGGCAAAAAUGUCGAUUAUCUGUACGGUGGAAUACUACUCAGCCAUAAAAAGGACUGAAUCUUAAAAAUACACAAUACAUAAAAUAAGCAAGACACAUAAUGCUAUACAUUAUAUGAUUCUGUUUAUAUGAAUUUUUUAAUAGACUAUUUUUUGGAGCAGAUUUAGGUUCAUAGCAAUAUCGAGCAGAAGGUACAGAGAUUUCUCCUAUGCCUCGUACACUCUACUGCCCUGCCUCCUAACUGGCAUAGCCUCUCCAAUUACCAACAUCCCCUACCAGAGCGAUAUAUGUGUUGUAACUGAUGGCUGUGCAAGUUUGAACAAAUGUAUAAUGACAUUUGUCCACCAAUAUAGUAUCAUACAGACUAUUUUCAUGCCCUAAAAAUCUCCAGGGGUCCUCUCCAGCAGUAAUACUGCUCCACUGAUUUCAUCUCACCUUCCUUCCUAAACCUUGACAGGCACUCGUCUUUUUACUAUCUCCAAAGUUGCCUUUUCCACAGUAUCAUAGUUGGAAUUAUACAGUAUGUAGCCUUUUCAGAUUGGCUUUUUCAUUUCCUCCUUGUCUUUUAAUGGCUGGAUAGCUCAUUUCUUUUUAACACUAAUAUUCCAUUGUCUAGACAUAACCGUGGUUUAUUUAUCCAUUUGACCUCUUGGUUGCUUCUAAGUUUGGGCAGUUAAGAAUAAAGCCGUGGUAAACAUCUGUGUGCAGAUUUUGUGUGAAUGGAAGUUUUCAUCCUUUGUGUAAAUACUAAGUAGUGUGAUCACUGGAUCAUACAUAUGGUAAGAGGAUGUUGAGUUUUGUCACAAACUGCCAACUGUCUUCCAAAAGUGGCUGUGCCAUUUUGUAUUCCAAGCAGCAGUGAAUGAGGGUUCCUGUUGCUCCAUACCUUCCCCAGGAUUUGGUAUUAUUAGUGUUCAAUUUUGGUCAUUUUAAUAGCUGUGUGGUGGUUUCUUGUUUCAGUUUGCAUUUCCCUGAUGACAUAUGUGCUGAGUAUCUUUUCGUAUGUUUAUUUGCCAUCUUUGUAUCUUUGGUGAGGUGUCUGUUAAGGACUUCGGAUCAGUUUUUAAUUGAACUGUUUUUCUUAUUGUUGACCUUUAAGAGUUAUGCGUAUAUUUUGGAUAACAGUCCAUUAUCAGAUAUGGCUUUUGUAAAUAUUUUCUCGCAGCCCAUGGUUGCCUUUUCAUUCUCUCGAUGAGGUUAUUUGAAAAAGCAAAACUAUAGAGAUAGAAAAUAAGUGGUUGCCUGGGACUGGGAAACAGUUUUUUGCAGAUGGGCACAAGAGAAUUUUUUGGGGUGAUGGAAGUAUACCAAAAUUGGAUGAUUGCACAACUGUAUAAAUUUACUGAGAAUUCUUAAACUGUACAUUUUAAUUGGUUGAAUUUUUGAUUUGUAAGUUAUGCCUCAGUAAAACUGCUUAAAAAAAUCUUAAACCAAAAACGUUACAUUUAUACUGCUUAGGUAACUUGUACAAGGUAUGUGACAGCAAAGUACAGAGCUAGUAUUAGAACUCGAGGCUUUCUCAUAAAGCCCCUGUUCCCUUGUGCUUCUCCUUGUACUUAGAGUGCCUUCUCCGAGCAGGUUACCUGCUAAAGGGCCUGUGCUAUAUGCUGAAUAAAAAUUCCCCUUAAUUAUCAAUCCUAAAACCUAUUUAUUUUUUACCUUGCUUAGAGACUCCUUACUAGCAAGUUUGCUGGAUGGAGUAAGAGCCUCUGGUAACAGAGAUGUUUGUGUAAAAAUGACACCAACUCAUAAGGGUCAGCGAUGGGGGUUACUCAGCAUGCCUGUCGAUGAAGAAGUAGAGAGCCUUCAUCUCAGAUUUUUAGCCACACCUCCAAAUGGCAACUUUGCAGAUGCUGUAUUCAGGUUCAACGCUAAUAUUUCAUAUAGUGGAGUUCUGCAUGCAGUAACGCAGGAUGGUCUCUUCUCAGAAAACAAAGAAAAACUGAUCAAUAAUGCCAUAACAGCAUUAUUGUCCCAAGAGGGAGAUGUUGUUGCUUCAAAUGCAGAACUUGAGAGUCAGUUCCAGGCUGUGAGGAGGCUUGUGGCUUCUAAAGCUGGUUUUCUGGCCUUCACUCAGCUUCCAAAGUAAGUUUUCUUUGAACUUCUUUUAGAGAAUGCAAACAACUCAAAAUAGCAGAUAAUAACAGUUUAUCUCUUUAUAUCUGUCUAAAACUGAUACCUUUCGUAUGUUGAUAUGGUAGUUUUUAUUCAUAAAUUAAUAAAGGUGAGUGGAAUCGAAGGGUAUGAAAAUUGGUCCCAUACAUACCUGCAAUAUACUGACUCUUGUUUUUUGUUUUUAAGAUUUUAUUUAUUUGAGAGAGCGCGAGAGAGUGCGA